GUCGUACUGGUUUCGCGUGUUCCGUUCCGCAGAGAAUUUCCGCUCCAUGGGACGUCGGCCUGAGGCUUCUCUCUGCUUCUAUCCUUGUUGUAUAUCUAAGAAGCGAUAAAGAUAGAAUAACGUGGUAGCGUUGGUAGCGUGAUCCCCGAACGCACCGUAUACAAGAGCAUGGUUGUGGCGGGAACAUAAUCAUAUGUUAUUCACGCUGAAAUUUUGAAGAGCUCAUCUGAUUCUAUUAGAAAAAUAAAGUUAUCAAGAUGCUUCAAGACUAUUUAUUAAAAUAUCACAUAAAAGAAUUAGAAGAAAUGUUGAAUGCUACAGAUGAUCACAUGUUCUACUCAAUACAUGUAAAUUUUGUAUCCUUAUUUGAAGUUGAUGCAGAGAAUGCACAGAAAAUUUUGCGUAAUCCUAGACAUUUUCUACCACUAUGUGAUGAGGCAGCAGUAAAAGCUCAAGAACAACUAUGCAAGAUAGACCAAAUAGUAAAGACCAGGGUUCAUGUCAGAAUUAUUGCUGUACCAAUACACAUCGAUACAGGUCAAAUUGGUGAACUAGUUUCAACAUCUGGUAUUGUUGUACGCAUGUCUCAACCAACAGUUAUGCAGUUAAAAAAACGUUUCAUCUGUAAAAAAUGCAAACAUGUUACUGUAGUCAAAUUAGAGUGGGAAAGACAACUGUUUAGGGAUAUCAAAAGCUGUGCAGCAUGUCAGUCUCCAAGUAUAACAGCUUCAAAAUCUUUAGAGCAGGAUGAUUGUUCUGAUUACCAAGAAAUAAAAAUCCAGGACAAAUGUAAGGUAGAUACAAGAAGCUGCUAUGCAGCUGGUCUACAAGUAGUUCUGUUGGAUGAUCUCCUUGAUAAAUGUAGACCUGGGGAUAACAUAGACAUUAGCGGAGUAAUUAUACGAAAAUGGGGUACAUUGAAACCUGGCCAACGUGCGGAAGCCACAACGUUCCUAAUGGCAAAUAGUAUUUCCGUACGCAGAAAGAUCUCAGAAGCAACCUUCUCAACUGCAGAAAUAAAGGAUACCUUUACAGCGUAUUGGGAAAAUUAUCGAGAUAAUGCGUUAAUUGGCAGAGACAAUAUUCUCGCCUCUAUCUGCCCCCAAAUGUAUGGAAUGUAUAUCGCGAAAUUAGCUUUGGCAGUUGUAUUGUGCGGUGGCGUCGCCAAAACUAACGAAACAGAAAUGCGCGUAAGAGGCGAGCCACAUCUUCUAUUGAUUGGAGAUCCAGGUACUGGAAAAUCGCAAUUGCUUCGUACUGCAUCGAGAUUAAUUACAAGAUCCGUCUUUACAACCGGCAUCGGCACCACCGCCGCUGGACUCACAGCAGCUGCUGUCAAAGUUAAUAACAUUAAAUACUUUGUUCUUAUUCGUCUUUUUAAGUUGUACUAUCGUUGUUUAAGCGAUCUACUCAGAGAUGUAUUACAGGACACGGAUGGCUGGCAUCUAGAAGCUGGUGCUUUAGUGCUUGCAGAUGGAGGUGUAUGUUGUGUGGAUGAGUUCACGACAAUGAACUCUCACGAUAGAACUUCUGUACACGAGGCGAUGGAACAACAAACUAUCUCCAUAGCCAAAGCAGGCAUGGUGAGCACGUUGAACAGCCGUUGUUCAGUUAUUGCAGCUAUUAAUCCAGACGGUGGAUGUUUUACGGGUGAUGAAUGGAAAACUUGCUUGGGAAAUCCCCUUUUGUCGCGCUUUGAUCUAAUUCUCCUCUUACGAGACAAUAGAAAUCCUGAAUGGGACGAAAUGACGUCGGCUCAUAUCUUAAGAGCUGCUUGUGAAGAUGAAGAAAAUAAUUCCUAUUCUGAAAUAUAUAUGGGCCCUUCAAACUUGACAGGCUUAUGGAGAGAAGAAAGUCUUUGCGAAUAUUUCGCACAUGUGCGUGCAUUAAAACCAACGUUAACUGAAGAAGCAAAAAAGAUACUCAGCGCAACUUAUCUUUACCACAGAUCAGAUCCGUACAGAAGGCCUGAGAGAACAACAGUGCGGCUUUUAGAUAGUCUUAUCAGAAUGGAUAUAAGCUCGUUAAUUCCGGCGGGUCUUCAAGGCGGGCAAACAAAUUUGUGCGAUAUACAAGCGGGAUACAAUAAGUUUUCGGAAAAUUUACGGAGAUUCACGCCGCAGUCCAUACAGUGCGCUAUAUUUUGCGGCGGAUCCAGAUGCAAGUAUGAAAAUUCAAAGGCUUGGCCACCUGUCCAUAUGGCAAUACAGAACAUCUUUUCGCAUUGGGUGACCGAUGAUGUCCUUGCGAUGGCACGACCCAGCACCGCGCAAAUAAUAAAGAAGGAUAUAAUUGCCCAAUUUCAAGGGUGGAGCCUAAAAACCAUAAUAAACCUGCAAACACCCGGCGAACACGCGAGUUGUGGGGGGCCACUCGAAGAGAGCGGUUUCACAUAUGAUCCAAACAUUUUUAUGAAAAAUGGCAUUUACUAUUAUAAUUUCGCCCUGAAGGAUUAUGGUGACGCUACAAUGGGGAAGCUCCUGGAUAUGGUCAAGGUCGUGGCCUUCGCCGUGCAAGAAGGAAGAGUGGCCAUUCACUGUCAUGCCGGUCUCGGCAGAACCGGUGUCCUGAUCGCGUGCUACCUUAUUUACAGUCUUCGAGUGAGAGCAAACGACGCAAUAAGAUUUGUCCGUAUGAAGCGGCCGUCCGCCAUACAGACGCGCGGGCAAAUACUUUGUAUUCAGGAAUUCGAACACUUCAUACUUCCGCAAAUGAUAGUAUUCCCUUUACACAGUACAACCGGGGAUCGCAAGCCCUAUAGCCUUCAAUCGUACCUGAAGAAGCAACACAAUAUCUUACACGGAUAUGAGCAGCGCACUUUCAAGCAUAUUCCAAAGAUUGUAUUUAUUAUUUGCGAACGAAUACUUCAACUCUGCGAUUGUCAGGAGGACAAUUCGCCAUCCGAAAUUACAUACGGCAUCUCCAAUGUAUCUUUCACGCAAAGGUUCAUUUGUCACGUGUUGGAGAAAUUCCGUGACGGCAAGGGUAACAUACGGCACUCCUACUCGUGGGCGGAAUCCCUUGCGGACUCGUCCUACGAAUACUCAACUUCCACGAAAGCGUGCGGUAGUAGUAGUCAAGGAUCGUCCCGAGACAUUUCCGAUGAUAUAGGAAGAUUGAGUGACGUGUUUUGUAUGUCACCAGAUACUCCUUCUUGCGACUCUACAUUUCCAGGUCUGGAUGACAACUGCGUCGACGAUGUCCUAGGGGAUGGUAUUCAUGAUCAGGAUAUACUCGAUAACGAUUGUUAUAAGGAAAUUCAGUCGCACAUGGAUUUGAAGAGCGUAGCCCGUAAUGAGGCUUACGAAACAGUAACUGCCGAAGAAGCUAUAAAAGCGCUUAUAAGAGAUAAUACCUCUCUUUCAGACGCUAUUAGGAAACGUUUGCAUGAUUAUCAGAGUGAUUUGAACCACCGAUCCACUGCUUGGCAACGUUUGGAAUUGGAAACUAAUUUGGAGAUUUUGUCGGUAUUGCUAUUCGAGUGGCUGGAGGGUCUCAAACAUCCGCUUCUUGAUGUUGAUAGCCUUAGUUAUAUUGUCGUAUGGAGUUCAAAGCCGCAACGGUGUCUUGGGAAAUUGUCCGUUUGUACGAGAUACUUACUAGAAUAUCUUUUGCGAUUUGUCACCCGUUUGAGGCCCGUGACAGCUGAAAGCCAGAGCUUAAUCACCAAAAGGCUCAUAGCAGCGUUAACGCAGCAAACAAUCUGGAUAAAAAAUGCCUUUUAUCCUACAAAUAAACACUUCCAGAAACUGCGAAGGGGCACCGCUGGAAAACUCAAUGAAUUCUUUAUUCGCUUGAUGAAUUUGAUAGAGGAGGUCAACACCCAGGAACUGGACAAGCCUCCAUGGGCAUCGAAAUGGGAAUUAUUAUCCAAUCAUUUGCGAGAUAUGGAAUAUCAGAAAAAUAACGAGCAGGAGUGACAAACUUACUAAGUUUAACAUUCUGACAGGUUUUUUUUCUAAUUGCCAACGAUAUAGAUAUGCUCUUAGCUUUUUGCUUAAUCAGCUACAGGUAACCACGUGAGCUGGACGCGACUGUCUAUGGAUUUAAGGGAUAUACUACUUUUGUAACGCGCAACGAAACAUGAUACGUGGAUAUAUAAUAUUUUUGUUACUGUAAAUCUCAUAUUAAUAGUGUAAAUUAUUGUUACUCUAAUCGCGACGAAUUUGAGAUUGAGCACACCGUGAAAAACUAUCUGUAAUCAAGCACUUUUUCUUAUUCUUUGGAUUGAUAACAUUAGAAGAAUCCAUUUCCAAUAUUAGUAACGACAGUGUGGAUUUCUAAAUCGCUUAAUUUAAGAUUUAUAUAUCAUAGUAUGUAUAUGAAUUCAGUUUUGGUCGAUUCUGAGUGAAAUUAAAUAAGCGAUUAUGAUCCUCAAUAUUUAUUUUUACAAUAAGAUUCAAAUGCAAUUUGAUCUUCGAAUCAAGUAUCA